CUGCUGUUGAACCUGCCUCUGGCAUACCACUAUAUGCCCACGUUCUCCAGCUACCUGCCCAGCUGUCUUCACCGUACCAGUUCCCUCGUGCCCUAUGUGGGGGAGACGUGCGCCCAGCUGGACCCGCUCUUCCCAUCGUCCAAUGCAGAACUAUGGGAACAGGCACAGGCUAAGUAUGCCGCUCCUGGAUACCUGGAGGAGGCAGCGGAGUUUCUCGGUGGUCUCGUGAGGAUCGAUACGACUGUGUUUGAUAACUGGGGCCCGCCAGCAUCAGACGGCCGGUGGGAGAAGUUUGUGCAGGUGCAGGAGUGGUUGGAGAAGAAAUUCCCCUUAGUGUACAAGCACCUCCGUCUCACGCUGGUGAACAAGUAUGGCCUCGUCUACCAAUGGGCGGGAAGCGACCCCACGCUCAAGCCGCUCAUGCUCACAGCGCACCAAGACGUCGUCCCCAUCGAUCCCAUCACCGCCUCCCAAUGGAUCCACCCUCCUUUCUCAGGAUACUUCGAUGGCGAGUGGAUCUGGGGUCGCGGAUCUGGUGACCAGAAGUCCGGACUUGUCGGUAUCCUCCUGGCAGUGGAGACGCUGCUCUCCCAGGGGUUCGCCCCGAAUCGGGGUGUCAUUCUCGCCUUUGGAUUCGACGAGGAGGCGUCGGGAAAAUGGGGCGCAGAGAGCAUCUCCCGUUACCUGAUGACUACGUACGGCCUGGACAGCGUCGCCCUGUUGAUCGAUGAGGGCGGAGGGUUGCAAGUGCAGGGCGAGCAGCUGUUUGCGAUGCCUUGCGUGGGCGAGAAGGGGUCAGUGAACGUGAUGCUUGAGGUCACCACUCCCGGCGGUCAUAGCAGCGUUCCCGAGCCCCAUACCGGUAUUGGCUACCUCUCAGCAUUGAUCACGACCCUUGAGUCCAACCCCAACCCCACUAUCCUCACCCGGACCAACCCGUACUACGAGAACCUCGUCUGCGCCGCAACAUACAGCAGCCUCCCCAAUGCCUACGCAGACGAUAUCAUCCGUUCCCGCACGGACGACGCCGCACUCAAGCGGGUCGAGGCGGUCGUGGCUAGCACAAAGCAAGGGAGGGCCAUGAUCGGCACGACCCAGGCGACGGACCUGAUCGGCGGGGGAAGUGUGAAAGUUAACGCGCUCCCUGAACAGGUCUGGGCGGUCGUCAACCAUCGUAUCUCUGUCGAUAGCUCGGUUGAGGAGGUCAAGAAUCGCUUUGUUGACCUCCUUCAUCCGUAUGCCGUAGCAAACAACCUGGGAUUCACGGCUUUCGGGCUCAACUUCACCUCUGCACCGAAUGGCACCGUCAAUGGCCAGAUUACACUCUCCCAAGCGUGGAAUCCCAGUACUCAGCUUGAGCCGGCGCCGGUUAGCCCUCAUACGAAGGGCGAGCGCGUGUGGGAUGUCUUGGCGGGGACUAUCAGGGCUUGCUGGGAUGAUGUUGAGGGAGGUGCUGUUGUCAGCCCAAGUGUUACUGGUGGGAAUACGGACACACGAUACUACUGGAAGUUGACGCGUGCGAUUUACCGGUACGGAGGGAUGAAGGGCACUGACAGUUACAAUGGUGCUCACACCGUUAACGAGGCUAUCCGUGCAACUGGGUUUGUCGAUCGGAUCAAGUUCUACACGGCGAUCAUCCUUAACGCGGAUGAAUACGAGGUGUGA